AUGUGGUCGAUUCCCCAUUACCUCUCACCUCUUGCACUCGAAUUUGAUAUCAUUAUUGUCAUUUCGACAGAGCCAAUGUUAGCGUGGCUCUUCGUCGUCUUUGUCUUUAUCGUGAUCGCCCUUUUCCUUCUCUUUGGAUACGUCCUACAGACUCCCUCCUUGAGACGACGAUCUCUCGCCCCUAACAUCUCUUUCGGAGACGUUGGAAACAACGCCGUCUACGGCCCUGCGAUUGGAGAGCCUCCUCCAAUACCUAUUUUAACUCCCCCAGAGCCCUCUCACGCUACCUCCCAUCUCCUUCCACUCUACUCGGAUGCUAUCGUUUCUGCUGUUCCAUUGUUUGUCGAUGCUAUCUUUGUCUACGUCCACCUGAUCGUCGCAUAUACAUAUACAUCCACCCACCACAUCAUCAUCAUCAUUCAGGCCGGAAGAUCAACGGAGGUUAUAUCAACCUUUUUCGUCUACCAAUGUGCGCUACUCGACCACCCAAACCUAAACAAAGCGCGGAAACUGCUCAGUAGUAUGCUUCGAGACCUUAAAGUGGCCGAUGCCAACACUGGCUUGAUCUCAUCAAGUACAACAACAUCUGGUCAGAAGCGAGCCGAUUUCGAUCAAUCUCAUGUGGAGCAAAUCGCCACUUGGAUCGCGUGUACGAACCUCAUGAUAGCACACUGCCAGGAGAAGCUAGCCUCCAUGCCUGCAGCACCUGCAUGUUCCAAGCAAGUUGUGAGAGUCAGUUAUGGGGGCCAAACUCUAAUAGUACCCGCUUGUCCUUGGGUAAAGGCUAUCGUUUUUUCUGGCGAAUCGUCGAUUGUGUGUAGAAGGAUUUUCCCAACUGGGUUUGCUAUGACGUAUAAUGCCCACCUCGCCUUACGGGUAUUCAAUUUCGCGCUCCAAAUCUCGAAUCCUUUCUUAUCUAGACGCUUAUUGUCUCCGCCCCAACUAAGGUCCCAGCCACAACUUUUUGGUAACAAAGAUGUUCCGGAGGCUGUGGGCUGCUGUGCAACAAAGUAUUACCGCCUUCCCCUCUCCGUUUAUUCUUCUAAUUGGCUCGACACCUGCACACCCUCUAUCAGCGCAGUCAUGUUCAUACCACUAGCCCAGAAGAAUGUCACCGCGAGAGAGAUCGAUGAUUCUACCCUUCCAUACCUCGACAAUGGUGGGAGUUGGUCCGGACAAUUUACAGUCAUCCUGAUAUUCUUCCUCCUCUCCUUUUAUGCGCUAGCUCUCUGGGAUAGGUGGUUACAGCUGAAGAUGGCUGAGUCGCGCAGAUUGCAAGGAAACCAUAAAGCUGUGCCUGUGCGAGUGAUUGUCCCUUCCGCCUCCUCGUCCUCCCUGCUAACGGUGGUGCCUCAUCCUAGGCGCCAUUCUCGCACUGUGCCUUACGAUAUUGGCGAUAACUGUCCAUAUCAUCCAUGGGACGUGGUCUCGCUGUCUGCAGGCGAGCCAGGAAAAGGCGAGGGCGUAUCGGUCCUAGGAAUGUAUACGUCUGAGGAUCUUGACCCACGAAGCUUCAGAAAAAUUACUCCAUCUGAGUUCACAGCCCUGACUGCGAUUCACGGAAGUAGCUCGAUCGAUUGGACAUUGGAGAAACUGAGUGAUAUCCUCCCCCUUCUCAGUCUUGCCUCAACCAGUGGGACCUGCGGUACAGGCGAUACCCAUAUGGUUGCCAGUUUAUGCUCAGCUACCCGUGGAGAACGGGACAACUUGUCAUGGCUCGUCCGCCGUCUGAACAUAUGUUCACGGCUUGAGUUGUUGGUGUUGGAUUUUAACGCCCCUCAUUAG